UAUCGUGACUGCCCUCGUGCCCUCUACUACACCCCCCCGCCCCCGCCUCCUCCUCCUCAGUGCGUGCAUGUGUGCGCGUGUCCGCCGGUGGCAGCUAUCGGUGUGUGUGGACGGAGCGGAGCUGCAGAGCUGGAGCAGUGAACAGGAGGGGACACACAGAGGGACAGACCCAGGGACACACAAAGGGACAGACCCAGGGACACACAGAGGGACAGACCCAGGGACACACAGAGGGACAGACAGGGACAGACAGCAGCGUUGUGGCGGUGAAACGUGAACACAUCCCGGUGUGUUCGGUCUUUGUCCGGUCGGUUGCUGUGGAAAUAUUUUCAUCUUCUUCAUCUUCAUGGAGCGGCCGGAAGCAUCUGAGUGAAGAUCUGAACAGCUCGUCUGACAGGCUCGUCAUCAUGUUGUCCGGGUGGCCCUGCCCCUUGACCCUCUUCCUCUUCCUCCUCGUCCAAUCGGCUGCGUCCUCUCUGUCCGCUGACAACACCACAGACGACCUUCAGGAGGUGACCCUGGCGGCCAUCUUGCCUCUGACUAACACAGAUUACGCAUGGGCGUGGCCUCGCGUGGCGCCAGCGCUCCUCCAGGCGGUGCGGCGUGUUAACUCAGACCCCCGCCUGCUGCCGGGCCUGAAGUUGCAGCUGGUUCACGGCAACUCCGAGAACCGCGAGGGUUUCUGCUCAGACUACAUUGCGCCACUGGUUGCCGUCGACCUCAAGCUAUUCAACGACCCCUGGGCCUUCAUCGGCCCUGGCUGUGACUACUCGUCGUCUCCCGUCGCACGCUUCACCACCCAUUGGGACGUUCCCAUGGUGACGGCCGGCGCUCGCGCUAUUGGUUUCAAGUCCUACACAGCGGUCACCAACACGGGCCCCACCCACCAGAAGCUGGGAGAGUUUGGUGCAAAGAUCCAGGACACAUUUGGCUGGCGGCGGCAUACCAUGCUCAUCUUCAGCGACAAGAAGGACGCCAACGACGACCGGCCGUGCUACUUCGCUGUGGAGGGGCUUUUCACGGUGCUUGAGAAACACAACGUCACCAUCCACGACCACAUCAUCGAACCCGACAAUGUCAACUACAAGUUAGUAGUCCAGGAGAUCCGCGACAAUGGCCGAGUGGUGUACCUGUGCUGCUCCUGGGACAUCCUCAGGACUCUGAUGGUUCAGUUCUGGAAGGAGGGGGUGGAGCUGGAGGACUAUGUCUUCUUCUUCAUUGAUCUUUUUGCUGAGGGUCUGGGGGGGCCGGGCCCCGUCAGGCCUUGGUUCAGAGGAGACCAGGACGACUUCGCCGCCCGCCACGCCUUUAGGAGUGUGAAGGUGCUGACCUACCUGGAGCCUCAGAAUCCAGAGUAUCUUCAGUUCGUCGAAACUUUGAAGGACGACGCCAAGAAGAUCUUCAACUUCACCAUCCAGGACUCUCUGUAUAACCUGAUUGCUGCAGGUUUCUAUGACGGCGUCAUGAUGUACUCUCAGGCUCUGAAUGAGACGCUGAGCGAGCAGAGAGGAGGACGAGAAGGAGGAGUGUGGCGUCCCAGAGGAGACGUGGUGACCCGCAGGAUGUGGAACAGAACUUUCUCAGGAGUGAUGGGCACUGUGCAGAUGGACGAGUUCGGGGACAGACAGAUGGACUUUGCCGUGUGGGACACCAUCGACGUAGAGUCUGGAGAGUUCCAGGUAGUGUGUGUUUACAACAGCAGUAUGAAGCAGCUGAUCAUGCAGAGUGGGCGGAGCUUUUAUUGGCCAGGUGGUGCUCCGCCCACAGAUGUUCCAGAAUGCGGCUUCAAGAACGAUGGACCAGCCUGCCUCACACGUACAGUUACGAUGCAACAGAUGGUUGCCAUAGUGAUCUGCUUUGUCUUUGUCAUCAUUGUCACAGUGACUGUCUUCAUCUACAGGAAGUUGAAGCUGGAGAGUGAGCUGGCGGCUCAGCUGUGGAGGGUUUCCUGGGACGAUGUCCAGAUGUGCAACCUGGAGAAAGUUCUGAGGAGAACCUGCAGUAGACUCACCAUGUCUAUGAAAGGAUCUAACUACGGUUCUCUGAUGACGAUGGAGGGAAAUCUCCAGAUCUACACCAAGACUGGAUACUAUAAGGGGAACCUGGCCGCCAUUAAAUACAUCAACAAGAAACGAAUAGAGCUGACAAGGAAGCUUCUGUUCGAACUGAAACAUGUAAGAACUCCAACUGACCUACUGAUCCACCAACUGACCCACCAACUGAACCUGCCAACUGAUCCACCAAGUGUGUGUUUGUGCAUCCUCCAGGACCUGAUGGAGAGUGACAACAUCACUCUGGACUGGAUGUUCAGAUACUCUCUGAUCACCGACAUUGUCAAGGGCAUGUUGUUCCUCCACAACAGUGUCAUCGUCUCCCACGGCAACCUGAAGUCCUCCAACUGUGUGGUGGACAGUCGCUUCGUCCUGAAGAUCACUGAUUAUGGUCUGGAGAGUCUGCGCACCGCCAGCUGCCCCGAGGACACGCAUGCCUACUAUGCACGUAAGCUGUGGACGGCUCCGGAGCUGCUGAGGACAGAGUGUCCUCCCCCCUGUGGGACACAGAAAGGAGACAUCUACAGCUUCAGUAUCAUCCUACAGGAAGUGGCACUGCUGCGCGGCGUCUUCUGCCUGGACUCACACACCCUGACACCAAAAGAGAUCGUCCAGGCAGUGCGUCAUGGCGGCGCGUCCCCCCUUCGUCCGUCCCUCUGCUUCCACAGUCACAGUGAGGAGCUGGGCGUCCUGAUGCAGCGCUGCUGGAGUGAAGAGCCGGGGGACAGACCGGACUUCAACACCAUCAAGAUCCUGCUGAGGAAACAGCACCGAGGUUAUGGCUCCAACAUCUUGGACAACCUUCUGUCCCGUAUGGAACAAUACGCCAACAACCUGGAGGAGCUGGUUGAGGAACGAACACAUGCGUAUCAUGAAGAGAAACGCAAAGCUGAGAACCUGCUGUACCAGAUACUGCCACAUUCUGUAGCGGAGCAGCUGAAGCGAGGUGAGACGGUUCAGGCUGAGGCGUUCGACUCCGUCACCAUUUACUUCAGUGACAUCAUUGGCUUCACUGCCCUGUCCGCUGAGAGCACGCCACUGCAGGUCGUGACCUUGUUGAACGACCUCUACACCUGCUUCGAUGCCAUCAUCGACAACUUUGAUGUUUACAAGGUGGAGACCAUCGGUGACGCCUACAUGGUGGUGUCUGGUCUGCCAGUGAGGAACGGGAAGCUCCAUGGGCGGGAGGUGGCCCGGAUGUCUCUCGCUCUGCUAGACGCCGUAAAGAGCUUCAGGAUUCGACACCGAGCCAAUCAGCAGCUGCGGCUGCGCAUUGGCAUACACAGUGGUCCGGUGUGUGCAGGUGUGGUCGGUCUGAAGAUGCCCAGGUACUGUCUGUUUGGAGACACCGUCAACACGGCGUCACGCAUGGAGUCCAAUGGAGAGGCCCUGAGGAUCCACGUGUCGGAGGCGACCUGUCAGGUCCUUCAGGAGUUCAGCUGCUUCCAGCUGCAGCUCAGAGGAGAGAUCGAGAUGAAGGGGAAGGGACGCAUGAGGACGUACUGGCUGCUGGGAGAGGACACCACUGCCUGACGGAGGAGAGAGGAGAGAGGACAGAGGAGAGGACAGAGGAGAGGACGGAUGAGAGAGGACGGAGGAGAGGACAGAGGAGAGGACAGAGAAGAGGAAGGAGGAGAGGACAGAGGAGAGGACAGAGGAGAGGACAGAGAAGAGGAAGGAGGAGAGGACAGAGGAGAGGACAGAGGAGAGGACAGAUGAGAGGACAGAGGAGAGAGGACAGAGGAGAGGACGGAGGAGAGAGGACAGAGGAGAGGACGAAGGAAUAAAGAAUUAAAAACUAAAGUUAAAGGUCUUCCUGCUCCUCUUUCAGGUCAAAGGUCAGACAGACACAACCAACCAGCUGAAAUUUCACCCCUCCUCCUCCUCCUCUCUGAUUGGACGCUGACCUCUGACAUCAUUUAAAGGGACAGUUCAGGUUUUCAGGAUUUUUUUGAGAAGAAACUCAGACACACGAAUGUUCGACUGUAAAAAUAAAUCAUUUCAAAUCAGCCCUGUAAAAAUAAAA